AUUCCCUUACUUCCUCGCUCUCUGUAUUCACGUAUGGAUUACAUACGAUUUUCAGUGUUAUUAAUUUCAAAGAUAAAAGUUUUAGAAAAAUGUUUAAAAUAACCUUCGUAACUUUGCUAUAUUGUUUGCUACAAAUACCCAAUAAAAUUAAUUUUAAAAAAACCGACUAACUAAGCCUUUUAUGAUUACUUUGUUAUUUUCCUAGUAGAUUAAUGAACAUAGCCCUCAGUUACUCUCGCCAAGUUUAUUUCCGUUUUAAUAGAAGGCUCGACGUACAGUGCGUUAUGAAAAUUAUAAGACCUUUAAGGUUGAGGGAAACACUCCUGGAUAUAUGUUCAUUAACCAUACACUGGGAGUUCAACUUUUUCCUUACAGUUUAUUUUCCACAAUGCCUAAAUCAGAAACUGUUGAGUAGAAUUGCGGUCUCGCACACGCAAAUUGACGCCAUACCGCAUAGAAAACUGUGCUUGUUUGUAUCUUGCUGUUUAUGAAAAAGAUUCAUAACUUAUUGUAGGUGAUAAUAGCGCAUACUCGUGAGAUUGCAUUGCAACGUUGUCGUCUUUCAAUGUUCGCGGCAUUACAAGUGUUGCAUCGAUAGUUGUCGCUGUGCACUGCAGAUUGUUUCUCAACGUUGGUAGUACUGUUCACGGUGACAGCCAGAAAAUCACGAGACGCAGUUGUAUUCGUCUAUAAGAGGAGGAGAAGUGUUUGAGUAGUGUUGGUUGAGGCUUUCAAGAUGAGGGUGGUGAUUUUGUGUUUACUAAUUUGUGUGUCCAUGAUAUCGGCACAUCCGCCGAUAUCAAUAUAUCUGAACGAUGAGGCAAGGCUGUGCAGCACGGGGCCUGUAUACUGGUGCGAGAAUAUUAGAAAUGCUAAAGCUUGUCAUGCUAUAAAGCACUGCAUACAAACUGUUUGGCGAUACAAGGUUCUUCCGGAAGAUAAUGACGACGUCUGCAAAAUUUGCAAAGACAUGGUGGCAGAAGCUAGAGCCCAGCUGCAGAGUAAUGAGACUCAGGAAGAGCUGAAAGAAGUUUUUGAUGGGACAUGUGCUUUAAUUCCAUUGAAACCGGUCGCUAAAGAAUGCAUGAAACUUGCAGAUGAGUUUGUUCCGGAGUUGGUGGAAACCCUGGCUUCAGAGAUGAAUCCUCAAGUUGUGUGUGCCGUAGCUGGCCUUUGCAACAAUGCUCAUAUUGAUGAGCUCUUGGCUAAGCAACAUGUAAGCAAGCCACAAAAUGAGGUAAAAACUUGUGACAACUGUUACACAGUGACAGACUUGUUGAGGAAAAAAUUUCAUGAAACUCCAAGAGAUGAUAUGAUGAAUAACCUUCUGGAAGCUUGUGGAAAGUUUGGAAGCUUUUCAGACAGUUGUUCAGCCAUUGUUGUGACAUAUUUUGAUACCUGGUAUAAUCACCUGCAUGAAAAUCUAGUUGGAGAUGAACUGUGUCAUAUCGCUGGAAUGUGCUCCUACAAGUUCCAUGAUCACAGACAGGAUAAUGUUGAACUGACAAUUGAGUCCUCAGUUGGAGUUGUGAUGGCAAAUAAAGAUGACCUGCCAUGUGAUUUUUGUGAACAACUUAUUAUCCACUUGAGAGAUGUGUUAAUUGCUAACACAACUGAAGCUGAAUUUAAAAUGGUUCUUCGUGGACUCUGCAAACAGACGGGACCUUUUGCUGAGGAAUGUCUCACAAUUGUUGACGAAUAUUAUGGAGCAAUUUACAACUUCCUUGUAGAAAGUUUGGUUCCAAAAGAUGUGUGCAGUGUUAUGGGAUUAUGCCCUAAGCCUGAAAAUGCAGGAAAGGGACCACUCUGGCCACUUCUUCCGUUUAAAACUGCUCAAAAAUUACAAUACGCUUCUGCGGAUGAUGAACCAGUUAUAGUGCCACUUACUCCUUUACAAUCAGCUCAGCCCAUCAUUGGACAAGAUGAAGCAAACAGUUACAGACAACUCCAUCGUGUUCCUUUGGAAAAGAAUGAUGUGAAAGUAUCUCAUCUAGAAGUGAAUCAGCUGCCUAUUGAUAGGAUGGUGCUUCAAACAGCAAACACAGUUCAAAACCGUCAGCUCUGUGAAUUCUGUGAAUUAUUUUUACAUUAUUUGCAACAGGUUCUGACAACACCUUCCACUGAGGCCCAAAUUGAGCGUGCAGUUAAGAAAGCAUGUUCCGAGCUACCAAAAGAAUUUGAAGAUCAGUGCAGAGACUUUGUGCAGAAUUAUGGUGAUGCUGCAAUUGCUCUCCUUGCACAGGAGAUUGACCCAUCUCAGGUGUGCCCAAGAUUAGGAAUAUGCCCUUCAGAGAAGGCAUUAAUUGAUCUUUCAAAUGUUGUAUAUGACAAGCCUUCUUGUCCAUUGUGUCUUCUUGCUGUGCAGGAUCUCCAGAACACACUGAAAAAUAACAAGACUGAGGCAAGCAUUAAGCGUGCUUUGGAUGGUUUGUGCACUAAACUUGCCAAGUCAUUGGCUGCAGAGUGUGAAAAAUUUGUUGAAGAGUAUUCUGAUCAAUUGGUGGAUAUGUUAGUGGCUGAUUUUACACCACAGGAAGUUUGUGCUUAUUUGAAGCUGUGCGAUCCUUCACCAAAGCCAGUUAUUGAUACUUUGUCAAAUGAGAUUCCAUCAGCCAGUCAACAUCAUUUAAUGCCACAGGACAUAAUCCAUAGUGAAAUUCAAAAGUAUCGUGGUGAAGCUUGUGUGAUCUGUGAAUUUGUCCUAACGAAGAUACAAGAGCAAUUGAAGGAUAAGCCAACGGAGGAUGAGAUAAAGGCAAUAGUUCAUGAUAUCUGUAACUAUAUGCCAAGAACAGUAGCAAAAGAAUGCAAUGAUUUUGUUAAUCAGUAUGCUGAUCUAGUAAUUACAUUGUUGUCAGAAACUAUGGAUCCUCAAGCAGUUUGCACUGCAAUUAAACUCUGCAGCUCAAAAACUUUGCUAAAAGACACAGUGACUGACUGUGCUGUAUGCGAUGCAGCUCUAGGUGAACUUGAAAAACUUACUGCGGGACCAUAUGCUCAACGGAAUGUUUCUGGAUUUAUAAAGAAAAUUUGUGAUUCAGUACCAGAAAAAUACAUGGAAAAGUGCAACCAGUUAGUAAAAAUUUAUGGUCAAAGUAUUGUCAACCUGAGUGAACAGAACAAGGAGUUUCAUGAAAUUUGUGAAAUGAUUGGUAAAUGUCCAAGGGAUAGACAAGUUACUCACUUGCUGGGUGGAGAAAGAUGCACAUGGGGCCCAAGCUACUGGUGCCAGUCAGAAGAGCACGCAACAGCUUGUGGGGCCAAGUUACAUUGCCAAGAAAAUGUAUGGAAUAGUGACACCCCUGUUACAAACUAGAGAUUCCUUUUAUGUGAUUAAAGGUUGAAAGUUUCCUAAUUAAAAGUUUUUAGUGAAAACUAUGUUCAGUGAAUGUAAUAGAAGUAAAAUGACAAAUAAGACUUAAUUUUCCAGCCUGUGUAGUAACCAUGACAUAUUGUCAUGUUGUCACAUCUGUACCAUUUCCAGUCGUUUGUAAACUGUAUGAUGUUUUACUAUUGUUGAUUUCUGUUGAAAUGUAAAAUUAACUCAAUAAAUUCAAACUUCCUAUUCUA